AUGGAGGACCAAUAUAAAUGGUUGGUGGAGAAGUUCAGGGCGUUGGAAAGUGUUGAUAAUUACUGCGGAAUGGAUGCCAGAGAGUUGAGUCUAGUCCCAGAUUUGGACAGUUUGGCUGGGGCUGCGGCCAAAUGGUACAAUCAGUUGAGUCGUACCCAAGUUAAGUCAUGGAAGGACCUAGCUCAGGCCUUCAUGAAGCAGUACGGCCAUAUAACAGAUAUAGCACCGGACCGGAUCACACUCCAGAAUAUGAAGAAGAAGCCAAGCGAAAGCUUCCGGCAGUAUGCUCAGAGAUGGAGAGAGGUCGCUACACAGGUCCAACCACCGUUGCUAGAAAAAGAAACAACCAUGCUCUUCAUCAAUACAUUGAAGGCGCCUUUCAUUACUCAUAUUGGCUCCUUUCCACUUAGAGCCGUUGCAUGCCCCCAUACCCUAAGUGGUGCGAUCACGAAUGCUCGGUCUGAAUACCACGCAGGAUUACGGGCACUCGAUGAAAAGCUGGUAAACGCGAUAAUUGAGAAUGUGGGGAGGAAAGUCAAGCUGAAUAUCGCGGAGGUGAGAACCCCAUUGAAGCUAGUUUGGAAUGAGAUGCAGAAGAGAGGUUUAGUCCCGCAAGGGUUGGGAGAUAAAAUCCAAGAUACACGGAACUACUGUGAGUUCCAUCAUGAGAAAGAUCACGAGAUCCAGAAUUGUAUUGAGUUCAGAGCCUUAGUACAGAGUCUAAUGGAUAAUAAGGAAUUGGAGUUCUUUGAGUCUGUCGAAGAGGAGGAUGUAUGCUCUUUAGGAGGAGAGUCGAGUGAAGAAGGUGGCAGAGCCAGUCGUCCAGUGAUAAUUAUUUCGAAGCCCAGAGUUAGUGAAGUAGAAGUAAGAGUUACACCAAGAGUUAUAAUCCAGAAGCCAACAGCUUCCCCUUAUAAAGAUAGCCAUAGGGUGCCUUGGAAUUAUAACUGUAGUAUAACAGUUUCAGAGAAGGAGGGUUCGAUUAACACGUCAAACAUAGAAGUCGAACCAGCAAAAGGGAAACUCGUCAUGUUUAAGAAAGAAGCAGAGGGAUCAGAAUCACAGGUUAAUGAGCCAGUAAUGGAAACUGAAGCCAAGGAGUUUUUGAAGUUCCUAAGACACAGCGAGUAUAGUGUCGUAGAACAACUACACCAACGACCGGAUCGUAUAUCGGUAUUGGCUCUGCUGUUAAAUUCGGAGGUCCACCGUAAAGCAUUGAUGAAAGUGUUGAACGAGACCUAUGUUGCGGAUGACAUUUCGGUUAACAAAUUAGACCGUCUCGUCGGUAACAUAAGCGCUGACAAUUUCAUCUCCUUCAGCGAUGAUGAGAUACCACCAGGGGGUAGGGGGUCUACUAAGGCUUUACAUGUCACUACACGUUGCAAGGGGAAUACGCUACCCGGAGUAUUAGUUGAUAAUGGGUCCGCAUUGAGCGUGUUACUGGGGGCUACAUUAAACCGUUUACACAGAGACGCUUCUCAUAUGAAGACGUGUCAGAACAUAGUAAGAGCAUUUGAUGGCACAGAAAGGAAAGUAAUGGGGAGGAUAGAAGUACCUCUUCAGAUUGGCCCAAACACAUACGAGGUAGAUUUCCUCGUGAUGGAUAUUAAGCCUUCCUAUAACUGUCUAUUAGGAAGACCUUGGAUUCAUUCAGCUGGGGCAGUGCCAUCCUCGCUGCACCAGAAGCUAAAGAUGGUUACUGAGGGUCGGCUAAUAACAAUAAAUGCGGAGGACAUUAUUGCGUCAAUUACCAGUGAUGCACCCUACAUAGAGAAUGACAACGAAGCAGUUGAAUGUUCAUUUCGAUCAUUAGAGUUUGUAAACGCAAUGUUUAUAGCUGAAGGAAAUAGGAUUCCGAUACCUAGGAUAUCAGGAGCUACGAAAAUGAACCUGCAGUUGACAGUUGGGAAAGGGGCGUUACCUGGCAGAGGACUCGGGAAGCACCUCCGUGGACAGGUUAGAGUACCAGUCUUGGUUGGCAAGUGGGAUCGCUUCGGUUUGGGAUUCAGGCCAGAUGCAAGCCAAGUGAAGAAAGAGUUCGAGAGGAAACAGGAACAGCGGAGAGCGAGAUUGAGUGGGACAGAAGUCAGGUGGGAACCGAUGAGCUUCCCCCAUAUUUCCCAAACAUUUGUAUCUGGAGGGUUUAUUCAUUCUGCACAUGAGAGGAUAAAAGAAGGAAGGGUCGGAGAUGUGAUGGGAAUUUGGAGCGUCAACGCCACAUUUGAAGAGGAAGCAAUAGAAAGGAAUUUAUCGGGCAUUUGCCCGUAUGAGCCUGGGAGUGUUUUGAAUAAUUGGACUGUAGAAGAAAUUCCUAUCCUGCCACACAAAGAGACUACUGAGAUUGUGGCCCUGGAAGAGGGGAAGGAAGUUAAAAUUGGCACUUGCGUUAAUGAGAAAACAAGACAGAACCUCAUUGAGCUGUUGCAAGAAUUCAAGGACGUCUUUGCAUGGUCAUACCAGGAUAUGCCUGGUUUAAGUACUGAUAUCACAGUGCACCGUGUCCCUACAAAAAAGGAGUACAAGCCAGUUCAGUAG